UUUUGCAUUUCUUUUUGUCUCAGACCAACAUGGCUACCAAAUACAGCCCUACUUUUUUGGCUGCAGUUAAACUUCAUCCUGUCAAGUCCUCCCUAAGCUGAGUGGUGAAUUCCCCUCAAAGUGAAGCACAGGGUUGAAUUGCUCAGAAAAGAGUUUCUCUGCUGCAGCUGGAGCCUUGACUGCACCAGUGAAAAGCACAUUAUGGAAUCUGGGCUCGGGAGUGUCUCUUCCCCUUUUAGGCUUCCACAGCGUGACCAUGAGCAAUGGAGUCUGUGUAGCUUUGGACUCGUUUGUCAGCUCCUGACAAUGUCUCUAUCUAUGUUUGCAGAUGGGACACACGUGGAUGUGGCUGGAUUCUGAGAGAGAGUCUCGUAGUGAGUCUGAGAAGAGCAGCUGCUGCCAGUCUAUUCACAGCUCCUGGGAUUCCAGCUUGGAUCUGGAGGUGACCAACUUGAUGGAACCUCUUUGCAUAAGUGGCUCAGACUUAGCACAGAUGGACAGGGCUUUUUGUACUGCUAGGGAGAAGGAAGAAAUGGAAGCCCUCAACUGCCAGGAAGAGAUGGAGAGGCUCCCAGUCCCAAGAAGAGAGGCAGAGGAGGAAGGGCAGCCACGAAUUCUGGCAGGGGAAGCUGAGAAACUGCCUGUCCCGAGAAGAGGUGUGUGCAUGCCACAGAUGACAGGGGAUUUACAGCACGUGGGCUGGGAGGCCAAAGAUGCAAAGGAAACACAAGAUGUAGGAGAGGAUACAGGAGAGUCCCAGGUCCCAGGAGGAGAGGAAGGGGAUUCGGGAGAGGAGAGGGAGUGCCUGGCUGUGGUGGAGAAUGCAGAAGGAAUACAGGAGGGAGAGAAGAACCAGAUGCUGCUCACGAAUCCGACUUCCCUGGGGAUGCCUACCUUAGAGGAGGAACUUUCAGGCAGUAUGAAGGGCAAGGCUGAGGAGGCGCCAGGACAAGCCCAGCGGGAGAGGCAGGGGAACACCGUAUUCCCUGCACAAGGAGACAGUGGCUGCAGAACCUCUGUGGGUUCCCCGGCAGAUGUUAUACACAUGAACCCAGCACCUUCGCAGCUGGUACAACUGACUUGGGAUGACCCUCUGCAGCGCAUGCAUUUCAAAAAGACUCUGCUGUCCAUCUGGAAGAUGAUAGCCAGUCACAGAUACAGCGGCCCGUUCCUGAAGCCAGUGUCAGACAAGCAAGCCCCUGGGUACAAGGAUGUGGUGAAAAGACCCAUGGAUUUAACCACCGUAAAGAGAAGUCUGUCCAAGGGCCACAUCCGGAGCACCGCUCAGUUCCAGCGCGACCUCAUGCUGAUGUUCCACAACGCAGUCAUGUACAACAGCGCUGACCACCACGUGCACCACAUGGCCGUGGAGAUGCAGCAAGAGGUCUUGGAGCAGCUGCAGAUGCUGGGCGAGGCGCUCCUGUGCUCCGAGGACAGGCUGCGUUUUGAGAGGUAA